AUGCCCCCCUCGUCUUCCAUGACGGUGGAGCAACGCAUCUUGCACCGGCUCUCCACCUGCGCCGAGGAGGCCAUCCCUUAUGAACAGCUCAAGAAGGAGCUGCAGCUCGGCUCCAGCGGCGGCGAGGGCGCGGUGCGCCAGCUGAUGGAGCAGAAUCGUGUGCGCCUGCGCCGCGGCAACGGUGCCGACACGCAGAUAUACAUCUCCAUCGUGAACAACAUUAACGAGAAUCUGUCUCUGGUGCUCGACGCGGUGCGAGCGAGCGGGUCCAGUGGGAUCGAUCAGACACAGCUGCUGAGCAAGGUGCGGAUGCCCAAGACGGAGCUUGGCAAGGCUCUCGCGGCGCUCACAGCGAAGAACCUCAUAAAGGAGCACCGCUCCUUCACGAACCGGGCGAAGCGCAUCUACACGCUCUUCAAUAUUGACCCGUCGACGCAUAUCACAGGGGGCGCCAUGUACUGUGGCGAGGAGCUCGACGUCGCCUUUGUGGAUGAGUGGCGUCGCGAGCUGACACGGUUUGUGUCAACGCGGCGGAUGGUCAGCUUUGACCAGAUCAAGCGGCAUGUCGAGGCAGUACAGAGCGCUGCCAGUGGUCGUGGUGGUGGCAGCGCUCCGCCCGCGGCAGGCCUCGGGACGAAUCACCCGUCCGGCACAUCCACUCAGCCGUACAACCUGCACGUUGUCUUCACCAUGAUUGACUCAGCGAUGCAGCGGCCUGUCGGCGGUGGCCCGUCGUCGUCGUCGUCUGGCAUGGCAUCCGCAGGUAGUAGCUACGCGUUUGUAGCGAAGCAGCUCUCCGACCUGGACCUGCGUACCCUCGUCCACACCCUCGUCCUCGACGGCGUACUGGAGAUGCUUAUUCCAGCCACCACGGAGGAGGUGAACACACCUCAGUACCAGCUCGCGUGCGGCCAGAGUGUGAUGCGGCACUUCACGGUGCAGGCGCGGCGUCCUCGCCAGCGGCCCUUGUCAACAGGCAUGGAGGGACAGGCGCGGCAGCGCGUGCGUCAAGAGAAUGACUUGGCGUUGGGAUUGCCCGGGUACCCGUCCGCUGCUCCGUCCUCCUCGGCAUCAACUGCUGCGGCUGGUGGCGGAAGUGGGUGCAUUCCCGAUAUAGAGGAUGACGGACUCAGCAGCAGCACAAUGGAAGUCCUUCGCCACUCCAGCCUCUGGGAGCCGGCGCCCGUCUCGCAGCCGUCUUCGAAGGACGCUGUUGACGGCUGGUCCUACAUGCCGGCUGUGGGCUUUCCCUGCCUCGGGUGUCCCCUUCUGGAUCAAUGCUCCGUUACGUGCCGUGGCGUGGUGAAUCCGAAGGGGUGCACGUACCUGAAAAGCUGGCUAAGUUGA